AUGGAAGUCGCUAAGCGACAGAUACGGAAGGAAGCAGAGGAGCAUCUCUUUUACAAGACCGAGUCGACACAAUUUCUAAGCUUUGAUCGUGCAUCAAAGGAAUCUCCGCUAGUGACUAGAAAUGACCGACUCCAGAAAGAAGACGACGAGGCUCCAUAUGCGCUCUUGCUGUCGAAAGGCGAAACAACACCACGAAACCUUACGUGUUUGAGCUGGAAAGCUACCGACGAAUGUAGUCCGUUUGGUCCACGUAAUCCUGAGAAGGAUCUUGGCUGUUUUGACGCGAUUCCGUUCGGUGAGUCAGGAUACUGUGAAGUAGAAGACAUGGAGACAGGGGAACACCUACAAGCGAUGCGACUUUAUUGCAGUAGCUCUCAUUGGGACAGGAAGUUUGGCUGCUCCGCUGCUGCUGACUUUACUAAUUUUCACUACAAGGCACGCAAAGCGACUGAAAAUGCGCGUGUAUCGGGCUUCAGGCUGCCAAAUAUACCAGGAGAGCUCAUUGAGGGGCAAAAAGAAGGCCAGCGCGAUGGAGUUGUUAUGGUCGUGUAUCCGAAGUUGGUGCCCAGCGCGUACGCAACGGUUUGGACGCUGCGUAAGGUGCUGAAGUGCCAAUUGCCGAUCGAAAUAUGGUACCUUGAUACUGAGUUUGAAAAUAAACAAGAUGCGAUGAAGCCACUGAAAGCACUAGCAGUGAACAACGAGAUAUCAAUCAUCACUCUUCGCAAGAUCAUGGAUCGGCAUGCAUCUGGCUUUCGUGCGAAGGUAUUUGCUAUUUACAACAGUCACUUUGAGCGCAUCUUGUUUCUAGAUGCAGAUAACGUGCCUUCGAGAGACCCGAGUUUUUUGUUUAGCUCACCGGAGUUUGUGGAGAACGGAGCGGUGUUCUGGCCGGAUUUCUGGCAUCCUGGCCACACCAUCUUCAAUAUCAACAACCAGUCGAUUUUGUGGGAAUUACUUGACAUGCCGUUUAUUGACAUGUUUGAGCAGGAAAGUGGCCAAAUUCUGAUUGAUCGGCGACGUCAUGCAGAAGCACUGGAGCUUGUGAAGUUUUACACCUUCUACCAGCCUUCUUAUUUCGACCAGAUGAAACUUGUCCAUGGCGACAAGGACCUCUUCCGUCUCGCGUGGCUAAAGCUUGAUGCUUCAUUUCACAUGAUUAAGACGCCGCCGGCGAUAGCAGGCAAAAUCGUUAAUGGGACAUUCUGCGGUUUGACAAUGGUACAACAUGAUGCCCAAGGCAACGUUCUAUUCUUGCACCGCAACUCGCAUAAGCUCAUGGGCGAGUCUCUCCGAGGCCAAAUGAAUUACAAGUCUCGAGCAAUUGCUUGGUCAAAAAAAAAGACCGAGAUGCGGCAGAAGUUUCGGCAAGAGGGCAAAAAGGUUCCAGAUUGGUCGGAGAUGAAGUCAAUUUUUCAGACGGAGGAGAUUCCAGCACCGACACUGGAAGCUCCCGAGCCUGACGGAUACCCAGACUCAGUGGUGUGGACACACCUGCUAUCGUUCAACAAUACUUACGAGCAGGAAAACUACCAUGUUAUGACAUAUAAUGCCUACCCGGAUUUCCCCCGAUUGCAGAACUGCUACGGCCAGCGCAACGUGAGCAAGGCCGAGCAUUUUUACACACAAAACGUGACUGACCUGCCUUUUGCUGGACUUGAGGCCGAACUGCGUCGUUUUGCUGCUGAAGCGGUGGAGAUCAAGCAGGCGUAG